GAAAUAUGAUCGUCGCUCGGCCAUCAGCACCUCUGCCUCCGCCGCCGCCCCUCCCCUGCGGCCCCGUCGCCGGCGUCAUGAACGACCAAGACUCCCCUCCCCUGCUGCCCCGACGCCGGCGUCGGUGUCUGACCUCCGCGGGCAUCCUCUCCGACACUCCCCUUCCUGUUGAUCUUCGGUCUUCCCAAGCGACACGGGACGAGAUGGCCCGCCGCCGGGCGUCCCCGAUCGACGUCGACGACCUCCUCGCCGAGAUCCUCCUCCGCCUCCCCGCGCUGACGUCCGCCCUCCCCCGCGCGUCCCUCGUCUGCACCCGCUGGCGCCGCCUCGUCGCCGACCCCGACUUCCUCCGCCGCUUCCGCGCGCACCACUGGAACCUCCUCGGCGUCUUCCUUGCCAGCUUCCCAUUAGAACACACAGAUUUCUUCUCCAGCUUCUUCCCGGAUCCGCUGCCCGUGCGCUGCGAAGGCGGCGGCAAUGACUACAUCUGGGAAUUCCAAGGCUGCCGCCACGGGCUCGUGCUUCUCUUCAACACGACUCGCUACAACUACGGCCUACGCCAGGUGCUGGUGUGGAACCCCGUCGCAGGCGAGCACCACCUCCUAGGCACUCCGCACUUCUCGGAUACUAAAAACUGGGACAGGUACUACCCUUUCAGUCCCAGCGGGGCGGUAAUCUGUGCCGCCGGCGACGAGGGCCCGGGACCCUUCAAGGUGGCUUUGGCGUGGUUCUGGAACAGCAGCCGCACUGCACACGUCUGCGUUUACUCGUCAGACACCGGUGAAUGGGGUGAUGUCGUCUCCGCAGCUGUCCAGUCUGAAUCUUGUUUCAUUGUUUGCUCUCGCAAUGUCCUGGUUGGGAAUUCGCUUUACUGGAUUCUAUUUGGCAGCCAGCUUCACAUCCUUGAAUUCGAUUUGGGUACCCAGAACCUAUCCGUGAUAGAGGUGGCGCUGCCGACGGAUGUCCAUGCAAACCAUCGUGGCCUCUACCUGACUACGGGAGCAGAGCAUGGUGGGCUUAGUUUAAUCGUCAUGUCAGCCAACCUCAGACCUCAAUUGUGGGAGAUGGCGGCCGACUCGGAUGGUGUUGCUCGAUGGGUGCCAGGACGAACAAUCGAACUGGACAGGCUUCUUUCGCUCGGAUCAGGGGGGUUUCCAAAAUGCAUAACAAUACUUGGGAUUGGUGGGGAUGAUAAUGUCAUAUUUGUGAUACAGUGACAUGCGGCUGUAAAUCAACUGUUUUGUUUUCAAUAUCUUAGUUGCUAAUCAUUUUAGUAUUCAUCACGUAUUUGAUCAUUUUGGAUUGGCAUUUUCUGAGAGCUGUGUAAACAAACUGGAACAUGUGCCAUGUGAGGGAUAUAACCAGUUACAGUUUAUUUGUUCCCCAUCUCUUAACAGUCAUUUGUUCCUUACAGGAUUGCCUCAUAGCAUUCAAUUAUUCUUUUUCUGAGUUCAUUCAGCUCAAUUUCUUUUCCAGAUUAAAUAGUAGGGACAGGAGAACUGAGGCGGGGAAGGUGAUAGACAGGAUGAAGUAAAAUAGGUGAUUCAGGAAUAGGUCCAGAUUACAAUUUUGCCCACAGAUCCCUUUUUAAUUCCUUCUACUUAUACAUACUCACACAUGCACACACACUACUCGAUUUGGCCCAUCUACACUAUUUGAACCGAGGUGAUUUGUGUUUAAUUCUGUGCGUACGGUAAUAUGGCGAGGUUGACUUGUUGAUUGUUCAUACCUUUAGAGGUUAUACUCAGGUUAGUUAAAAAGAGCUGUGCAACAGUGCAAAGCAUACUUUUGUUAGACCAACUUCACAUUUGAGUUUGAGAAAGUGAAAAGUGUGAUAGCUUUGACUAGAAGGAAAAAUUAGCUAUAGACAAUCUAUGGGUGUCUCCAACAUUUGAGAUAGUAUCAUAAUACAGUACUGGAUAGUUGCCUGAUUUAAUCCUCGUAAUUAUUAUUAUGUUCUUUUGGCAUUUUCCCUUGAAACAAUUAGCAAAGCUGUUGAUAGUAUCUUCUGUUCCUCUAUGUGCAGGUACUGGCUCGAUAAAGUGCAGCUUGGGGCCCUGAUAUUUGGCUCCAGUGCAAACUGGGGAUUCUCGUGGACUAGGGACAGCGUCUGUGUGUACUCCGUCCUCAAAUGCAACGUAUCGUUGUUUGAAGCAUAUUUGCAUACUAUUUAUCUUCCUCCAACUAAUAAGAAAUAAUUAGUUUUCAAUGAGAGAGUGUCAUAAAUAUUAAAUUUUAUGCCACAUUAGCAAAUUUGCUGAUAUGACAGUCAUUAUAAGAAGAGGGGGAGUUUCAUGAGAUGGGAGAGGAGUUUCUUUGCUAAAACAAUAUCUAGCUCGGUUACUAAGUUUCCAAUCUUGGUUACUGUGCGAUGAUACUUCACACUGAGACUGCCUUUAUAAGUUUGAGUAAAUUAGCUUAACCAUAAUAAAAGUUCAUCUUAGUUUCUUUGUCCCUUUUCAAUUGAACUCGCUUCUUUGGCUCAAAAACAAAUUUUGUUUUGGUUCUUGGCCCUUUCGUUAGUUUGACAAGCUAAAGGUGUUAGAAGCAACGCGAAAUAAUUCUUUUACCCUGACGCCAGAUGAAACAUUACAACAACGUGCACAAUAAAGUUGUACAAGUAUUUAGGCUACCUAUUAUGUCAAUCUACGAAAAUAAGAUAUAAAAUUUUUAAGCAUGAAAUUAUUUUCAUAUAUAUUUGCACAUGGUAUCACAUUAAAAAUCAUUAUUUUCAUAUAUAUUAUUGCAAUUGUGGAUUUAUAUGCAAUUCAAAUGGCCAGUGUGAUGUCAUGUGCAAAUAUAUAUGAAAAACUAAUUUCAUAUUUGAAAAAAUUAUAAAUUAUUUUGGUAGAAUAAUGAUAAUAGGCAGGUUUGUAUGACUUUACUGUACGCUGCUGUAUUGUUGCAUUUGAUGCUAGAGGUAAGAGAGUCAUUUUGCUUUACUUUAACAUCAUUAGCUUGUCAAACUAAUGGAAGGGCUUUAUUCGCAAAAAAAAAACUAAUGGAAGGGCUAAGGAGCAAAACAAAAUUCAUUUUUAAUCCAAAGAAGAAGCAAGUUCAAUCGAAAAGAGGCCAAGAAACUAAGCUGAAUUUUUUUAGAGCCAAGAAACUAAUUUACUCUUAAGUUUUUUCACAAUAUAUUGUAUCAUGCCGGUCAAAUAAUUACAAUUUACAUGUAUGCUUUCUUAAUUGUUUUUGGUAACAAAACAUAGAAGAGAAGAAAAUCGUACCUGGCAUGAGAGUUUCGUAAUGAAUUUUUUGAGGGUAAAUGUUGGCACGAGGGUUAAGGAGAAGUUGAUGAGCUUUAUAGCAUGGGCCGGUUUGUGCACUUGUGGGCCUUUCGCCAAGCCCACGGCCGCCGCCAGCUCCAGCCUCUAGCAAACCAACCUUAUCCCUUCACUUCACUUCACUGGUGCGGCGGGGGCUGCCGGCAGGACGCUCCGCGAGCGGCGGCGGGCGGCACCACGACGCGCGACCGCUGCAGUCGGCGCCCGGCGGCGGGAAGCUUCAGCACCAUGACGCGCGGCCUCGCGGGGCUGGCCUGAGGCGGCCGCAGGCCGACUGCAUGCUGUCAGGAUUUGGAAACUGGAGUGACAGGAGGCAUUUCUGAAGAUGAUGGUCCUAUGGGCACACAAGAAGCUUGCCAUAUCCUUUUGACCGCACUGCGUUCAUUCAAAGAAACUUUGAUUGAUGAUGACAAGGUGAAUUUUAUGGAGAUGGAUGCCGUCUUACUUGAUGAUGAGAUGAACUCCCUUGUGAAGAGAAUAACUACUUUAGAGUCAGGAUUAGCAGCUGCAAGAGACAGUAUCUUGAGAAUAGGUGGCGACUAUGAUAACAGGAAAGAAAUGGAAAGAAGGAGCUGGUGGCAAAUGUGGACGGCAGGGCUGGGAAGAGCUUGUUCCCGAUUCUUCACUAGUUGAUGGAUAUCGUUGUCUUUUGUUGAAGCAUGUUGCAAGGGAAGGGAAGGUUGCAGACCGUUUAUGUGCUAGUUUAGUUUCAUGUUCCAUGUCUGUUUAGUGUAGUACCCAUCAUCAGUACCUAUAUGUGUGCCUAGUUGGCAAGGUGCUUUAUCUGCUCUAUGCAGCGAUGUCAAUCAGUGGCCCAUGGUCUAGAAAGCAAGCCAUGCUCUUUAGCUUUUAGCCCAAGGGUUUGUUGUCUUUGCUCUGCAUGAUCGAAUUUGCUUGAGUAGCCGUUGGCUUUUGAUCCACUACAUAUUAUACUAUUUUCAAAAUCCAGAUCCA